AUGCUCUUACCUGGGAUCGUUCUGCCACCAAAUACCGCCGCUGCCAUCUACUUCGCUUCAGCAACUGAUGUUGCUGCUGCCACUGCAACAAGCGAGACGCCCAAUUUCAAGUUUCUGGGCGGCAUCGGAACCGGGAAGGAAAGCGCCAUCUUCAAGAUCAACGCAAGUAGCGCCGAUGCCGCCCAGAAUACUGGCCGUGUUAUCAUCGGUAUUUCAGUCGAGCCGGCUGACUCGGUAGCUGCACGCAUGGAAGAGCUUUCCGCGAACCGAUUGUCCAACACGGGCUCGGGUGCGGCAUCCCAGCCAUCAACCCAAAUCCUGGCCCAGAACAUCAUCAAAAAUGCGUUCAACUUCCUAGCAAGCUUUAGUGGAAGUGCCGGGCCCGGUGGCGUCGAAAUGGUGCCACUCAAGGCAUUCGAGGAGUGGUGGAAGAAGUUCGAGAGCCGCGUGCGGUCUGAUCCAAGUUUCCUUGAGGGACCACAGAAUGAUUAA